AUGUUUUCACAGAAAAUAAACUACAGCCAUUUGUUUACUUUUUCAAUCACCUUGUAUGUGGAAAUAGUAACGGGAAUCUUAGGACAUGGAUUCAUAGCAUUAGUGAACAUCAUGGACUGGGUCAAAAGAAGAAGGAUCUCUUCAGUGGAUCAGAUUCUCACUGCUUUGGCCCUUACCAGAUUCAUUUAUGUCUUGUCUAUGCUGAUUUGCAUAUUGUUAUUCAUGCUGUGCCCACAUUUGCCUAGGAGAUCAGAAAUGCUUUCAGCAAUGGGUAUUUUCUGGGUAGUCAACAGCCAUUUUAGCAUCUGGCUUACUACAUGCCUCGGUGUCUUUUAUUUUCUCAAGAUAGCCAAUUUUUCUAACUCUUUUUUUCUUUAUCUAAAGUGGAGAGUUAAAAAAGUGAUUUUAAUAAUAAUCCUGGCAUCACUGAUUUUCUUGACUUUACACAUUUUAUCUUUAGGGAUAUAUGAUCAGUUCUCAAUUGCUGCUUAUGUAGGAAAUAUGUCUUAUAGUUUGACAGAUUUAACACAAUUUUCCAGUACUUUCUUAUUCUCCAACUCAUCCAAUGUUUUCUUAAUCACCAACUCAUCCCAUGUUUUCUUACCCAUCAACUCCCUGUUCAUGCUCAUACCCUUCACAGUGUCCCUGGUAGCCUUUCUCAUGCUCAUCUUCUCACUGUGGAAGCAUCACAAAAAGAUGCAGGUCAAUGCCAAACAACCUAGAGAUGUCAGUACUAUGGCCCACAUUAAAGCCUUGCAAACUGUGUUCUCCUUCCUGCUGCUGUAUGCCAUAUACUUACUUUUCCUUAUCAUAGGAAUUUUGAACCUUGGAUUGAUGGAGAAAAUAGUGAUACUGAUAUUUGACCACAUUUCUGGAGCAGUUUUUCCUAUAAGCCACUCAUUUGUACUGAUUCUGGGAAACAGUAAGCUGAGACAAGCCAGUCUUUCUGUGUUGCCUUGUCUAAGGUGCCAGUCCAAAGAUAUGGACACCAUGGGUCUCUAG